AUGGCGGAAGAAGAAGAAACACCACCUUCAACUUCAAGUGAUUGUGGCGGUGACGAUAAAGACGACGACCACCCAUGGCCCUACUUAGAGUCCAUGUUUUCAUUUGCCGGAGCGAAAGACAAUUCAUAUAGAAUGAAGUGCCUUCUCUGCCUCCCGAAAGAUUGCGAAAUAAUGGCCUUCAGAAAUUCACCAUCGAAUUUGAAGAAACAUAUCAAGAGCAAGCAUGGCUGCCACAUGAGUAGAUACGAGGAACUCACAUCUGCAAAGCGAAAGAAGACUGUGAUUCCCUCCCCCUCAAGCAGCCACAAGCAGCCCACAUUAAUGGGUUGCUUUACCACGAUGCCCCAGAGAUCCAUUGACAAGGCAAUCAUGAAGUAUGUUGUCCGAGGACUUCAGCCAUUUAGCAUUGUAGAGCAAGAAGCUUUCCGUGACUUUGUGUUAGACCUGGUGCCAAAUAGCAAAAUAAUGACAAGAGUCACACUCACAUCUAUGAUUAAUGAUGCUGCCAAACAGAUGAAGACCAAAAUUAUUGAGGCCAUGAAAACUAUUGAUUACAUCGCAACAACCACUGACUGCUGGUCAGCCAGGCGGCGUAGUUUCAUUGGGAUCACAGCUCACUGGGUGGACCCCGAAAGUUUAAAAAGGUGCUCAGUGGCCCUUGCCUGUAGAAGAUUAAGAGGCUCUCACACUUUCGACCUUCUGGCAAAUGUACUUAAUGAUAUACAUGCUGAGUUUGAAAUUCGGGGAAAGAUAGUCAGAACGACAACGGACAAUGGGUCCAACUUCAUCAAAGCCUUCAAAGUAUUCGGUGAAGAUGUUAAUAACAAUGCUGGUGCUGUAGUUCAGGAGGAAGAGGAGGAAGAACUAGCAGACAAAGAUGAGGAGGAGGUAGAGUUUGUCGAUGUAUCUUCACUUUUGGAUGAGGAUGAUGGUUUUGAGUUUCAGCUCCCGAAGCACCAGCGUUGUGCAUGCCAUAUUCUUAACCUUAUAGCCACUGCAGAUGCCAGCAAGGCAGUGUCCAAUGACUCAUACAAGAAAUUGUACUACUCCGCCUUUAGCAAGUGCAAUGCACUUUGGAAUAAGUGUUCAAGAUCCUCAACAGCAGCUGAAACGGUGGAAGAUGCUUGCUCCCUACAGCUUGUGCGACCGAAUGCAACAAGGUGGAACUCUGUGUUCAUGGCUGUGGAGAGACUGCUCAGGAUCGUGAAAGAAAAGGGAGAGGCAGCAAUGAGAGUUGUUUGCACGGAUCUGAAGGUUCCAAUGUUUAAUCCAGCAGAACUUGCAUUCCUGUCAGAGUAUGCUGCUGUCAUGACUCCAGUCGCCCAAGCAACAAAUAUUUUGCAAGCUGAAACCAAUGUCCAGAUGGGGUGGCUGCUCCCAACCAUUAAGCUCCUGACAGUCAAGCUGAACAGGAUCAAGCUACCGCUGAAGUACUGCAAGCCGCUAGUGGAUGCUUUGCAGGUGGGCAUUGAGAAUCGCUUUGGCCCUAUGAUGGAAGACCCAGAGCUGGUGGCUGCUGCUAUUCUGCUUCCAAAAUUCAAGACAAAUUGGACACAAGAAGAUGAGACAAUCAAAAUAGGAAUGGACUACAUCAAACGAUGCAUUGAAGACCCCUCGUUGGAGUCCUUUGUGGUCAACAGGUCCAGCUCAUCUGACGAAGACGACUUCUUUUCUAGCUUGCAGAGUUCAAAUACACAAGAAGGCACCAAACAGUUAGAUGCAUACUUGGCCUGUUCGGCUGAUAACAUGGACUUGCUCAAGUCUUUUCCAGCUGUGUGCAAGUUGUCUGUUAAGUUAAACACACCUCUUCCAGCAUCAGCAGCCUGCGAGAGGCUUUUUAGUAUCGCAGGUUUAGUCUUUAGCCCUAGAAGAGCAAGACUGGAUGCAUUAAAUUUUGAGAACCAACUACUUUUGAAAAUAAACAAAAGAUUUCUAACUUCCUAAAUAUUACUGCUUUAUGCAUACCAGUUUAAGAAGGGAAUAAUUUGUGGAGAAAAAGCAGGGAAGAGAGUGGAGGGAUGCUUUAACGGGAGAGGGGACAUACCUGUUCUGGUUGUUUACAAAGAGUUAAGCCCAGUGUUUUUAGGUGCUGUAUUCACUUUUUUUGCUGUAUUUCUUUUUUUUUUUACAUAAGACAUAUUUGUAUGUGGCCUACUGGCCUUUGAGAUCUUGAAGUUGCCUUAAUAUGUUGAGGAUCAAAAGAAAAUGUGUAUA